UCUCCGCCAGCGGCUUGGCGGUUGCUUGGCGACGGCGCCCCUCCAUGGCUGUAGCCCAGGGACCAAAGACGCUCUGGGAGCAAAUCUGUGCUGAGUACGAAGCAGAGCAGCCUCCAUUUCCGUAUAGUCCUGAAUCAAAACAAGAUUCUGUUUCUUUGGAUACAGGAAUUUUGCAGCCUUUACAUACAAAACAAUUAUACUUCGCUUCUACUGAAUGUUCCAUUGCCCAGAAAAUAUCUUCCUUACCCACACUCGCACCGCUUCUAGCAACACCUAAUCCAAAAACAUGUUCUCCUCGAGAAUAUUUGGAAUAUUACAUAUUUCCAAUACUUCUGCCGGGAAUGGCAGAACUUCUGCAUCAAGCAAAGAAGGAAAAGUGUUUUGAGAGAAAAAGGACCAAAUUUAUCGCCUGUGAUUUUCUGACUGAGUGGUUAUACAACCAGAAUCCAAAGAGGAAAGACGAGCCAUUCACAGAAUUCUUCUCCAUCCCUUUUGUGAAGGACUGGCUAAAGGACCACCCUAGACCACCAAUUCCUCUGUCUCUCCUAUUAUCAGAAGAAGAAGCAUGCAAAAUAAUUCAAUCAUUCUGGAGAGGUUAUCGGGUCCGCUGUGACACUGAGGUACAAGAACUGCGGCAAUGGCAAAAGCAAUUGAGAGAGGACAAGAACAUUAUUAAAAGAGUGCAAGAGUUCUGGACUAAACAGGAAACCAAAGUGGGAAGCAAAUUAGACUCAGAAGAACCUACACUAGAUCGUUCUGGAGUUUAGAUUUUUGUUUCUUUCACCAACACCGCAAAAUACAGAGCUCAUGGACUUUCUUUUAUAGUAUCUGAUUUGGAAAUUCUCCUGGAGUUACAUGCUUGCUUUAAUAUGUGAAGUGUUGUACAUCAAGAUGGGCCACAUAAGGACCUGGUUCUGCAGUCAUUCAGCACAGCAUGGGCAAAAAUUCAGCCCUGGUGUAAGUGAAUACUAUGAAAUCAGCGGAAUUGUGCCCACUUAUAACAAGAACUGAGUUUCGCCAAAGGCUUCAUGCCCAGUCCUAAACACUCAGACAAAAGUUUCCAGCUAGAUAGAAAACUCCCAUUGAAAUAAAUAGUGGUUCUGCCCAUACAAGACCUGGGUGUAAAAUGAAAGGGCAGAUUCUCAGCUGCUGUAAAUGGGCAUAUCUCCCUUGGCUUCAGUGGAGCUAUAAUAAUUUACACCAGCUAGAAUCUACCCCAAGGGCCCAAACUGUCAGAUGUGCUGUGCAUCCACAACUCCAGCUGAAGUCAGUGAGAGCUAUGGUUGCUCAACACUCCUUAAAAACAGUCUGAGAGCCUUGUGUUGUCACUUGUCUGUGCCAGGAGAGUAGGAUACAUGAUUAGAGCAAAAUGGUAGUAGUUUAGACCCAUUUUUGCAUAGGUAUAGGUAAUUACAGAAGGUGCAAAGCAAUGGGCAUGCAGGCCCUGAGUAAGGGCCUCACAGUUUGCCCCACUAUCUAUUUAGUUUCCCUAGUGGAUAUGUCAUCGGUGGGCCUUUUGCACCAGACUGAAUGUCACAUUUAGAAAAGCUAUUUACAGAGUUGACAAAUUUAAGUAUGACAAAAAUCUCAUUGACUUAAAUGGUGCCUGAUAAGAUGAAUAGUCAAAACUACUAUUGGUACCAUUUCACCUAAUGUCACCAACUUGGUG